AUGCCAGUGGAAGAAACAGACACUCAGGUGAUUUUAACUCACCCACAGAACGAGAAAACUACCGUGAAAAUCCUCAAAUACGGUGCUACUGUCAUUUCAUGGACUGAAAACGGCGUGGAACAGUUAUGGUUGAGUGAAGGUGCCAAAUUGGACGGAUCCAAGCCGGUAAGAGGCGGAAUUCCUCUCGUUUUCCCUAUUUUUGGAAAGCAAAAGGACCCCAACCAUGCCACGGGCAAAUUGCCCCAGCACGGUUUCGCCAGAAACUCCACCUGGGAGUUCUUGGGACAGGUGAGUGAAAGCCCAGUUUCAGUGCAAUUUGGCUUGGGCCCAGAGAAUGUUGACCCGGAAUUGUACAAGUUGUGGGCAGAAGGUAAGAACGAUUUCACGCUUAUUUUGACGGUGACCUUGUCUGAGGACAAUCUCUCCACCAAAAUCGAGGUGGAGAACACCGGAGCCAAUGAGUUUGAGUUCAAUUGGUUGUUCCAUACGUACUACCGUGUGAAUGACGUGACAGACGCAUUGGUGACCAACCUCAUGGACUCCGAGUGCUACGACCAGCUUUUGGCAGAGACAUACAACGAAAAGGCGCCAAUGCUCUCAUUUCACGAGGAGUUCGAUCGUAUCUACAAGAAUGUAGACUCGCACAAGCAGCUUCAGAUCGUCGACAAGGGCAAUGUUUUGUUGACCUUGGAUCGGACCAACUUGCCAGACGCAGUUGUGUGGAAUCCAUGGAUCAAGAAGUCCGAAGGAAUGGGCGACUUGCAGCCCAAGACAGGCUACAAGAACAUGUUGUGUAUCGAGCCUGGCAAUGUGUCAUCUUUUGUGAAGGUUCGUAAGGGCGAGAAGUGGAGUGCUGAGCAGAAGAUGACGCCAUCUGGUGACAUUAAAGUCCACACCAAGAUGUUCUCUUGA